AUGUCAUACGACACAGCACUCACAGUAUUUUCUCCAGAUGGACAAUUAUUCUAAGUAGAAUACGCAAUGGAAGCAGUUAAGAGAGGUCUCUGCUGCGUUGGUGUAAGAGGAAAAGAUGCCAUAAUAUUGGGAGUAGAGAAGAAAGCCACAUCGAAAUUGCAAGAUGUUAAAACAAUUAAGAAAGUAUAUCAAUUGGAUCACAAUCUUUGCAUGACAUUUUCUGGAUUGAAUGCAGAUGCAAGAAUCUUGGCAAAUCAAACUAGAUUGUAAUGUUAGCAAUACAAGAUCUACUAUGAGGAUGAUCCUUCUGUUGAUUUCAUUGCCAAAUUCACCAGUCAACAAUAACAAAAGUUCACACAAAGGGGAGGUGCUAGACCUUACGGAAUUUCAACUCUGAUUGCAGGAUUUAGUAAUAACAAGCCAAAGCUUUUCCAAACCGAUCCUUCAGGUGCUUGUUCAGAAUGGAAGGCCACUUCUUUGGGAAAGAGUGCCAAAUAGGUGAAGGAUUUCUUGGAGAAGCAUUGGAGAGAAGGAUUGCAUGAGAAGGAUGCCCUUUUACUCACAACUAAAGCUUUGAUGGAUGUUGUGGAGAGUGGUAAUAAAAAUAUCGAAUUGUGUGUGAUUAGAAAGAAUGAAUGCUGGUUUUUGAAUGAGAACGAGGUCGAGGAGUUGACAAAGAUUACAGCUUAAUUAUAAUGAAUUGAUAUGAUUUAAUAUUAUUGGGAACAUAAAUUAAUUGAUAUAUAUAGACUUA